GCGGCUGCGUAUUAGCUGCAGGCACCGCCGCCCGCCAUAUUCAACAGUCAGUAGGAUCGUGAGUCCUUCCCCGAGAGCCAACCCUUGCGGCGCCCUCCGUGCUUCUGUCCGCCGGCCCAGUCCGGGCGCCUCCGGCCCGCCGUCCCAUCCCCUCAGGGGACCCCGCGAAGACCAGAUGUUGAUGGACAGUGAAGUUCUGGGCCCGCGCUCAGCUUGGCUGCGCCGUCCUUCCAGCGCUCAUGUGGGGGCGACACCGACCUCGCCCUCGGAUCGCCUCUUCGCGCCCGCUGGGCGCCCGGCGCCGCACUCGCCCCUUCUCGGCUCUCCGGCGGCGGGCGGAGGGCGGAGGGCGGCGAUCGGCCCGGACUUGGAGCCGCUGGCCCGGCCGGACUUCAGAGAGCUUGGCCGAGAAGCGGCUCCCGCUGCCGCAGAUCUGCAGUGGAGGGUCCAGAGCGGGCCCUGCUUCGGGGGUGAAGGCGACAGCGACGGCUCUGCAGGCUGGAAGUUACCCGCUGCAGAGAAGGAAGCUUCCUGCUUGAGCCCGCCCGCCGCUAGUCUGUGCCUCCCGCUCACACCGUCCCCGGCGGCUGCUGCCCCACCGCUGCCAAGGCCUCCUCCCGCUGAUGUCGCCCUUCCCCGCCAAAGUUCUGCGCCGCCGGCUGGAGCCCUCCAACAGCGGCCGCCUCCCGCUGGCUCCAGGGGCCCACCUCGCCAGGGACCCUGUGCCCUCUUCCUUGCGCAGGCCUGUCCUCGCAGCGGCAGCUCACCGUGCGCCGUGAGAGGCGGCAGAGGCAGCGGCGGGGAGCGGGGUCUGCAGUGGCCGGCAGCGUGGAUGGGCCGCGCUCCAUGGUGGGCUGUGGCGUCCACAGCGGCGGGAGGCGCGGGUGUCUGUGCCCCAGGCAGACUUCCGAAGCUGCCGUCGGCAGCCACCUGUCCUGGAGCCCGCCUCUCUCUUGUCCCUGCCCACUGCUGCCUCCUGCUGACACCUGCCCUGGACGCCUGCUGCCACUGCUGCCCUCCAAUGCCUUCUUCCGCUAACGCCGAAGUCGCUCGCUGCCUUUGCCGACGACGCUCACGGCCCUCCGCUGCCAGAUGCCCUCAGACUCGUACCACCACCAACAGGGACCCCCUUGCCAGGGACCCGGCUCCCUGGUUCCCACACAGGCCUCGCCGCCUUGCAGCAGCCUCAGGGCAUAGUCUCCACAGGGAACAACUUUGUCUCUCUGAAGUCAACUUAUGAAAGUUCUACUUGAUCCAUUUCUGCAAACAUCUGCUGUUCCCUACCACCAGGGUCACACGAGGCAGAUAUAUGUGGUUUUGGGAGGAGAUUUCCGCUGCUCUACUCACGCCACCAUCUUGGCUCCUCCUACAGAUGUCAGCAUUUUUUAUCCCCAUAGGUUCACUUACACUUUGGAGGUCCUGGUUACAAGGUUCCUCAAGUGAUUGGAGGGCUGGAAGAAGCAGAACAGCAUGUAGAUAAAAACACCAACCAACGGAAGAAACUGGAACGAAGAGGAGAAGAUGUGAUACGGGAACAUUGAGCUUAAGCUGAGAAGUGAGAUGGUGUGGAGACUGGUAGGUUGUAUCUUUCCAUGUGCUGCUUUCAAGGGUCACAGGGAAAAAAAGUUACCAAGGAGAUAAAGCCCAGGGUAUUGACGUCAUCUGGUAUCGGUGGAGCAAGUAGCCACUAGCCAUUAAUGGGAAGGCUAGCAUGCAGCACUGUUGUCUUUCCUGCAGAGUUAGAUGUCCGGCAUCCCCCAUUUGCAGUUCAGUCAGAGCCCGUGUGGGACUGUCCUGGCACCAGCCGGGGUGGACCUGAGAGCUCUGCCAUUCCUGCUGGGCUGUCCCAGCAUCCCUCUUGAAACAGGGCCUCAGCAGUGCUCCUGGUAGAGAGAGAGAGAGAAUUGCGCUCAAGAGAGAGGGUCAGUUUUUUUCUGUAGCUCCAUGAGCAUGCUCCUGAUGUUUAUUUUGAGAUCUCUUUCAGGAAGAUUGAUGAGUCCAGUUACCAGGUUCCUUUGAAGGUUCAUAUUUGUAGGUGACGCCCUCUAGCUCCCAGAAGCUUUACUCUCAAGCUCCUCAGCUCUUGGGGGAAUGGCAAGGGUCACAGGGCAGCGACGCCGGUGCCCUCCCCCGCCAGGAGGAAAGAGGUCUUUCUGCUUCCCAGCCGCAGUCCACAGUGCCCAUCUCCACAGCCAGGGCCAGUUUGCGGAGCACGCAGGGAGAAGCUGCUGUAGGUGGGGCU